UGUAGCCUGCGAAUUUGGACUACGCUAUCAUCGGCAUAAGUCGAUGACGUAGCACACAGUGUCCUAAUUGUGCAAGUUCACACGCUUGUAACCUACGCUCUCGUAUCCUGUACACUUCGACGUGAUGUACACUUCAAUGAGAAUCCUCGGUUAUAGUGGAGGUGUUUGGAUGGAGCCUAAGAUGUAAACAAAAGGGCGGGUAUCGCAGAUGGAGAAUCUUACAACGUAAAAAAUGAAACUUGGCCAGUAGCUUCCUGUCCUGCAGACAUUACCAUCGUCAAACCUUGUGUUGAGGUGUUCGUUUCUAGGCUUUUAGGAAGGUAUUCCAAAAUGAGAUUUAAAGUAGGAUUUUUCUUACGGGGUUUAUUUGUCAUUGUUACGUUUCUCGUAUUAGCGGUGUUGUGGUCUUCAUUAACCAAAUUGAGCGCAGGGAAUCACUUUGGAGAAAGGGUAGAUGCAUUACUGCCCCAAGAAGACCCAGUAUACCAUUUUAAGCCUGUAAUACCCUGGCCACAUGUGGAAGGUAUUGAAGUUGACCUCAACUCAACCAUACUGAAGCAUGCAUGGGGCAACCAUGUACAGACUCCCAAGGUGCAUCCAAAUGAGAAGCAGGCCAUCCAGCAACAGUAUGCAACGUUUCGACCCAACGUCCACUAUUACAAUGCCCCCAUCCUCAAGAAAGGAGUUCUCGGAAACUUUGAACGCAAAGAACCUGAGCCUCUAGGUUUUCCGGGUGGCCUAGGAGAAGGAGCUAAGCCAUUUGUUCUGGGCCCAGAAUACAAAGAAGCCAUCCAUGCAUCCAUCAAAGAGUUUGGCUUCAACAUGGUUGCGAGUGAUAUGAUAUCAUUGGACAGGACCAUUCGAGAUAUACGUCAUGAAGAGUGCAAGUACUGGCAUUAUGAUGAAAGACUCCUGACCUCCAGUGUGGUGAUAGUCUUCCAUAAUGAAGGCUGGUCUACCUUAAUGAGAACCAUCCACAGUGUCAUAAAGAGGACUCCCAGGAAAUACUUAGCUGAAAUUGUCAUGAUAGAUGACUUCAGCAAUAAAGUCCAUUUGAAGGAACGUUUGGAGAUCUACGUCAAGCAGUGGAAUGGUCUGGUGAAACUUUACAGAAAUGAGAAGAGAGAAGGCCUCAUCCAGGCACGAAGUAUUGGAGCAAAGAAGGCAACAAAGGGACAGGUGCUAAUAUACUUGGAUGCUCACUGUGAGGUUGGGAUCAACUGGUAUGCUCCAUUGGUUGCUCCAAUUUCAGAGGACAGGACGGUGUGUACUGUUCCUUUGAUCGACGCUAUCCAUGGGGAGAUGUUCACCAUUGAGCCCCAGGGUGGAGGAGAUGAAGACGGCUUUGCUAGAGGAGCCUGGGAUUGGAGCAUGCUGUGGAAGAGAGUUCCUCUGAACGACAGGGAAAAGAAAAUGAGAAAAACACGGACAGAGCCAUAUAGGUCUCCAGCCAUGGCAGGGGGUCUCUUUGCUAUAGAGCGUGACUACUUCUUUGAACUGGGCCUAUAUGAUCCUGGAUUGCAGAUAUGGGGAGGAGAAAAUUUUGAAAUAUCAUACAAGAUAUGGCAGUGUGGUGGCAAACUGCUCUUUGUCCCGUGCUCUCGUGUUGGGCAUAUAUACAGACUUAAAGGUUGGCAAGGCAAUCCUCCCCCUGCACAUGUUGGUUCCUCACCUACGCUGAAGAAUUAUGUUCGUGUAGUGGAAGUAUGGUGGGAUGAAUACAAGGACUACUUCUACGCCAGUCGUCCUGAAACACUAACCCUUGCCUAUGGAGACAUAAGCAAGCUGAAACAAUUCAGGCAAGAACAUCGUUGCAAGAGCUUCAAAUGGUUCAUGGAGGAAAUAGCUUAUGACAUCCCAUUACACUAUCCCCUGCCUGCAAAAAAUAUUGAAUGGGGAGAGAUUCGUGGCUUUGAGACGGGUUACUGUAUUGACAGUAUGGGACAUACAAAUGGAGGCAAUAUUGAAACUGGACCAUGCCACAGAAUGGGUGGCAAUCAGCUGUUCCGAAUCAAUGAAGCCAACCAGCUGAUGCAGUAUGACCAGUGUCUGACCAGAGGAGGUGAUAAUUCAGCUGUCAUCAUCACACAUUGUGACCAGAACCAGUACACUGAAUGGAGGUAUUUCAAGGAUCUCCAUCGCUUCACUCAUGUACCAACAGUCGACCCGUGGUGCGUGAAAAGACCACUCACACAGUCGGAAAAUUCAUCAACUGCACAAAAAGGCAAUGGUGGGCAAAUGUUUAGAUCGCUCAGACUUGCUCCACAAAGUGUUCAUAUCAAACUGUGACACCAGUAAAACGACUCAAAGGUGGGAAAUAAACAACAUCAUGGCUGUAUAAAGACUGCUCAACUCAUGGACUACACUGAAGGACAUAGAUAAGCACCAAUUAUAGAAUGCAUUCAUGCAUGCUUUGACUGGGAUGUGGUCGUUUAGAUCUGAGCCUUUUGUGUGUCAAAAAAUAGGGCAUCUCCUCCUCACAACCACUAGAAAAAAAGUAAUUCUGGGUGAUUGAUAAAAGUUACAGGUUAAGAAUAUUUACCAGCCUGUUAUGUGCUUGAAAUGCCUUUCCUGUGACUCUAUUUUAUGCUACUGUGUGGCACUGGGUCUCACAUAAAAUGAUUAGUUUUUUUUGUUUUGUUUUUAAUAA